CAGACCCCCACAUCUUCCCGUUCCCCUCUCCAUCAUCCUCGACCACCCAGAAAACUACCAUCAAACGCCCCCAAGAACUCGCCUUCUUCUCCUUCGACGACACCCACAAAUGCCACCCUUUAUCCUCCGAAUCUCUCCGCUACUACUAUCCCGCCAUGUUCGAUGCACCUUGGGCGCCGCAUGACCGCGGACCAGAUCUAAGCCAGGGUUUCGAGCACUUUGAGAAGUAUGAUGAGGGGAAGGAGGAUUCGCAUUUGGAUGCGUUGUUGGAGACGUUGAGGUGUAAGGAGGAGAGGGAGGGUGAGAGGGUGGAGGUGGAUGUUGUUACUUGGAGGGGGAUGAUGACGAAGAUUCUUGCUGCGCCGUUUGACCCGUAUGAGGAGGAAUUUGAGAUGAAUGUUACUUAUUUCGAUCAAAGCAAAGAAGCCUCUCGACCGCCCAGGCGAGGCAACGGUCCAAGUCAAGAAAUGAUGCAAUACUGGGGCUACAAAUUCGAAUCCCUCUCCACCCUCCCCCACCCCUUUCCCGACUGCACCCGGCAAGAAAUCGAAUCCCGCCCAUCCCUCCCCGUCUCCACAGCCGCACAAUUCUGCUCUAUAGUCCGCACGACCAUAGGCAGCACCAACCUCCUGCUAGCCGGCGAAGUGGACUGUAUCGCAUUCGACCCCAACGACCAUCGCUCGGCGGAGAAGUUUGAAAGGAAAUUGUGUAAAUUCUGGGCCCAAUCCUUCCUCCUCGGAAUCCCCAAAAUAGUCGUCGGAUUCCGGACUCAAGCUGGCUACCUCUCAUCAAUCCAGGAGUUCGAUACGAUGGGGAUACCAGGGCUGGUGAAGAGGGGAGGCGGGACGUGGGAUGGGAACGUGUGUGUGGGCUUUGCGGCGGGGGUGGUGGAGUGGUUGAAGGAGAGGUGUAGGGAGGAGGGGACUGUGUGGAGGUUGAAACGAGCAAAGCGAGCGAGGAACCUGACUUUGAGCAAAGUGGAGGGGAUGCAAGGCGAUGGUGGGAUCCUAGAAGCCGGGUUCAGGCGGUGGAGGGAGGGGUUGAGAGGAAGAAAUAGGGAGGAGAAGGGAGAGGAGAGCGGAACGUGA